GCCCAGGCAAUCUAUGCUUCAUCUUCUUCCUCUGUUUUUGAUGGACUUAAUCUAAACCACUGAAGCCAGUUACCAGUUACUGGUUCAGACUUGUUCAUGAACCCUCUUCUGUGGUGUAACGGAUGCCGUUGUGAGCCAGGAUUGCACAUUUUAGACUGCAAGAUGACCGCAGACACUUCAUACCCCCUUCCCCUGAAUGCUUUUAUUGUUAUCCUUGGCAUUGGACUUUUCAUCUUCAUGUUGAGUCUGAUCUUCUGUUGUUAUCUGUUCAGCUUGAGACGACAGGUCACACAGGAGCAGUUUGGAUACACUGAGGUUGUUCUAAAAGGAGCAGCAAAGAAGCUGAGCUUACUUGGACAGACCUGUGCUGUUUGCCUGGAGGAGUUCAGGAGCAGGGAGGAGCUCGGCGUGUGCCCCUGCUCUCAUGUUUUUCACAAAAAGUGUUUGGUAAAGUGGCUUGAAAUUCGAAGCGUCUGCCCCAUGUGUAAUAAACCCAUCUGCAAGUUCCAGCCUGACCCUCCGCAGGGGGCAGAGGGCCUGCCGAACCCCUUGCAGGUGUGAGUGACGAGGACUGAUGUUGUAAAGUAAAAGAAAGAAGAGGCUCUCGCUCGGUGGAACCUAUUUAGCUUCACUUAAGAAUAACAUUUAAAAAAACACAGCCGCUCGGUGUAUAUAUAACUUCCUUCAACUAUUUGUACCACUGAAGAAAUUCCACUCGUGUUGAUGAGGACCUUCACAUGUAAUGUCUUGAAAGUCUGAGAGCAUACAUGUAGCCUUAAUGAAGGCCAUAUACACUGAUAAGCCAAAACAUUAUGAACACCAACCAGCUCUGACCCACCAAGGCAGGGACUCUGAAGGACUCUAAAUGUGUCGUAUGGUAUCUAGUGGUAUCUGUUAUCCUGUGGAGGUUACCACCAACUCCUGUACUUUUAAGGUGUUUUGUGCUACAGAGCAUUUUGGUGCCAGAGGUGUUCGGGUGUCCACAUCAUCCAUCUAUCAGGCCUCAUUGUUUCAAUGUUUAGUUCUGAUGCCCAGUGUAAGUGCUUGUGACAAUGGACAGGGGUUAGCAUGGGCACUUUGACUGACCUGAGACUAUACAGCUUCAUACACAAAAAAGGUUGAUGCAUUCUGUCUUGUGACAAAUUCACCUCAUCCCUAGUAUUUAAA